AUGGCUUCGUCACUGGAGAAGCAAGCGGCAGCCAGACUCAGUGCGCCCGCGCCCUCUGAGCUCGAGCGCGGCCUGUCGACCUCCAAUUCCGAGGAGCUUGUGCUCGCCAAGGAUGGAACCGUACUGGUCCCUCAGCCUUCGUCAAACCCAGAUGAUCCCCUGAAUUGGAGCUGGACGAAGAAGCAUGUUGUACUAUGUGCUUUGAUCCCCGGCUGCCUUCUGUCCGACUGGGCUUUGACGUGGGGCUCUGUCGUAUUUCAACUGCAAGCUCCAGAAUGGCAUAUGUCUGUACAGGCAGUUUCUCAAUCCAUGAGCCCCGGCAUAUUCUUGCAAGGACCCGGCGGUAUCCUGGCCGUACCCCUGUGCCAGCGUUACGGACGGCUUCCUGUUCUGUUCUGGUCUCAGCUCCUCUCACUCAUAGUGACUAUUGGGGCCACUUUCGCCGACAGCUAUGCCUCCUUCACGGCGAUGCGUACGCUCCAGGGGUUCUUCGGUGCCGCGCCUCAGGUCAUCGGUCUCUCCAUGAUCCACGACAUGUUCUUCUUCCACGAGCGGGCUCGGAAGAUCAACAUCUGGGCUGCAUCCUUCCUGAUUGGGCCAUACCUGGGACCCUUCUUCUCCAGUCUGAUCAUCACGAAGCUCAAGUGGCGCGAAGACUUUGGCGUGCUUGCCGGCUUCUACGGUCUGAGUCUGCUGAUGGUUGUUUUCCUCGGUGAUGAGACCCUCUACGAAAGAAACGUGUCAGAGAAGCCCCGGGAUAGGUCUGUUGUCUCUCAUGUUUCUUCGCUGCUCGGGAUUGAAGGCGCACGCGUGAGAGGCCGGCCGGGCCUGUGGACUGUGACGAAGCAUCAAUACUCUUUGCUUGCCAGACCAUACCUGUUCGCUCCCACCGCUCUCUUCGUAAUGCCCCUCACCAUGUGGACCAUCGGCCUCGUAUCCACAAUCUCGCAGUUCGUUCUGCCGCCUCCCCAGGCCGGCGGCUACGGCUUCUCCUACGUCUCGCUGGCAAUGAUUCACUUCGCCCCCAUGAUCGGGACCAUUGUGGCCGAGCUCUGGGGCCACUGGUUCAACGACUUCAUCGCGGCCCGCUACAUGAAGCGUCACGGCGGCACGCAUCUCCCAGAGAACCGCCUGAACGGCGUCUACAUCCCCGUCAUGAUCGGCGUGUGCGGCCUGGUCCUCUUCGGCGAGACGCUGCAGCACCACCUGAGCUGGGUCGGCCUCGCGUUCGGAUGGGGGAUGACCUGCUUCGCGACGCUGGGCGGCAUGACGGCCAUCUCGGCCUACGUGCUCGACUGCUUCCCGCACCACGCGGCACUGGCGGCGGCCUGGAUCAACUUCUGGCGCGUCGUCGGCGGCUUCACGGUGCUCUACUUCCAGCUCGACUGGGUGCAUCUCAACGGGCCCGCCGUCACCUUCGGCUGCCAGGCGGCCGUCAUCGCCGGCGCCGCCGUCAUCGGCGUCGUCCCCACCCAGAUCUGGGGCUCGCGCUGGAGAGCCAAGUGGCCGGCGCCCGUUCCGGAAAACUAG